UUUUUGUUUUCUUUCAAAGAAAAACCAGGAGAGAACUAAAGUCAAGACACUCUUAGCACAGCUCAUCUGUUUGGGAGACCUCCUGAGUCACUGUCAGCCCCCCACCUGAGGGAGGAGGCCCAGUUCCCCGGCCGUCACCUGUGCAGGUCGCUAUGAGCUCCAGAGGGAGCAGCGGCCGCUCCAACGGCACGCUACCACAGACCAAGAUCUGCCAGUUCAAGCUGGUGCUGCUGGGGGACAUGGCUGUGGGCAAGUCCAGCUUGGUCCUGCGCUUCGUCAAAGGACAGUUCGAUGAGUUCCAGGAGACGACCAUAGGAGCUGCGUUCUUGGCUCAGUCGGUGUGUUUAGAUGAUACCACGGUGAAGUUUGAGAUCUGGGACACUGCGGGACAGGAGCGGUACCACAGCCUGGCUCCCAUGUAUUAUCGUGGAGCGCAGGCUGCUAUUGUUGUCUUUGACAUCACUAAGCCGGAAACAUUUGAAAGAGCCAAGGCCUGGGUGAAGGAGCUCCAGAGACAGGCCAGUCCUAACAUUGUUAUUGCCCUGUCUGGAAACAAGGCUGACCUGGCAGAGAAGAGACUGGUAGAGUAUGAGGAAGCCCAGUCGUAUGCUGAGGACACUGGUUUGCUCUUCAUGGAAACAUCUGCCAAGACCGCCAUGAAUGUGAACGAGCUCUUCUUGGCUAUUGCGAAAAAGAUGCCAAAAACAGACACCCAGAACCCAACACACGCAGCGCGACAUCGUGGCGUCAACCUCCAGGACCCAGACGCUCACUCCACCCGAGCCUGCUGCGGGGGCAACUAGACCUCUGCAGCAUCCACUCAUGUCCCCCAAUGACACUGCCCUCAAUCAUCUUUUUUUUCUCCUCUGCAAACAAUGUACUGGGGUGAUCCUGAUCCACUCACCCCUGUCUGCUACAUCUAUGCUCCUGUCCAAGCAAAAACAGAAACCUAAAGGAUCCUUGUCAGCAAGUGGAACUGGAGGUCAGAGACUUGCAUUCUGCAUUUAGAAAUUACAAGCAAAAACUGAGAUUGUUGGAGGGGAAAUAAAGAAUGUGGAAAACAGUGGCAAAUCUGUUGUAGUAUUUAGCACUAAUUGUGACAUUUUUGUUCCUCUCAGCCUUACAUCAUUUUAGUCAGAGCCCUGUUGCAUAAAAAGGCACAGACAUCUCCUCCCUACUCUGAACACUUAGUGGUGAGUGCACAAAGGAUUAAAAUGUCAGAAGAAAGACA